AUGACUUAUACAUACACGCUAAGACUUGUUUGGUUUAAUGAAGCCGCUACAUUCCUUGAGUACUGCACUGGUAGAGAACCUUCUAGUAGUCUGGAUAAAUCACAAAUGACCUCAGUUGAGUCUUCCGAAGAUAUAGAUGGUGACGAACUUGAGGGAAUUUCAUCAAAAACAUUCGUACCAGCAAAAUCCAGUAGUGAGGGAAGAAGCAUACCAAGUGUUCAAAGGAAGAAACAAAAAGAUGUUAAUAUUUUAAGCGCAAUGGAAAAACUGGAGGAUCUCAAAAAGGGUGUACGGGAAAAAGAUGAAUUUGACUAUUUUGGCAUGAAUAUAGCCCACCAAUUAAGAAAUUUGUCUAUUCAACGAACUGUAAAGUGA